ACUCGCUUCUGCUCCUAAAAGGACGACCUAUUUACUACUAUUUAACAGAUUUUACCCGAAAGCAAGACAUUUUACUCGUAAAGGUCGUGUAAAAAUCGCAGAGAGGGGUGAAGGUGAAGGUUCGAGACACCAGCCCAAACUGAACCCAGCCCACAGUGUCAAACAUCAGACAGACGACAGCCCUGCACACAAAAGCUAUGGAUCGUUCACCCACCACCGCCAGCCUGAUGGCCGCCAGCAACGUCACCAACAAGACCGACCCCCGCUCCCUUAACUCACGGGUGUUCAUCGGCAACCUCAACACCCUGCUGGUCACCAAGGCGGACGUAGAGGCCAUCUUCUCCAAGUACGGAAAAAUCGUGGGCUGCUCCAUCCACAAGGGCUACGCCUUCGUUCAGUUCGCCAAUGAGAGGAACGCCCGAUCUGCUGUCACCGGGGAGGAUGGGCGGAUGAUUGUCGGACAAGUACUUGACAUCAACCUUGCUGGAGAACCCAAACCACACCGGUCAAAAACAACCAAACGCUCAGCUGGAGACAUGUACAGCAGCAGUUCCUCGUUUGACCUCGACUACGACUUCCAGAGAGAUUAUUACAACAGAAUGUACUCGUACCCGUCCCGCGUCCCCGCUCCCCCUCCCCCCUUGUCGCGGGCCGUGAUCCCGUCCAAGCGUCCACGGGUCAGCCUCAGCAGCGGAGGAAGCAGCCGGCGAACCAAGAGCAGCUUCUCUUCUUCCUCUAAGGCCAGUCAGAGGACUUCAUCGUCCAGAACGAUGAAAGUAGACGAGCUGCAGACCAUCAAGCGGGAGUUGACUCAGAUUAAAAGUAAAGUGGACGAUCUGCUGGAGAGUCUGGAGCGAAUGGAGAAGGACCACUGCAAGAAGUCAGUAAAGAAAACAGAGCCGGGUGAGGUGACAUCGCCACCACACACAAGCAACAAGAAGGACGACGGAAUAAAGAGGGAGCGGGACUGCCAGGAGAUGAAUGACUCAGAUGAGGACGACGACGAUGAAGAUGAAGAGGAGGGAGACCUGCUGGAGGAGGACGAGGUGAAGAGUCAAGAGCGGGAGGACGACGACGAAGAAGAGGAGGAAGAGGAGGAAGGCGAGCACGUGGAAGGAGACGACGAUGCUGACAGUGUCAACGGCGAAGAGGACUCGUAGGCGCGGUUGACACAAGACGCAUGCAGCGUACAUACAGCUUCCAGUAGGAACUCGGACUCCUGUUUUAACACUCAUAAUGUAGAUACGAAAAGGCAAACACACGUGCAAACACACACACACAAGCAUGGUGCACACACUCUGUCGUUUCAUUGUUCCUCAAGCCGUUUCUUUUCUUUCUGGGUUUUUCUUUCUUUCUUUUAUUUUGUAAUUUUUCUGGCCAGUUGUCCUGUAUCACUGUAAAAGGAAUAACUAGCUGUAGGUUUCGGUUUGUGUUUUUACUGCGUCGUUACUUGUCUUCAGAAGAAGGCAAAAAAAAAACAUGGACUAAUAAUGUUCGCAGAGACAACAGCUCGACGGACAUGUCUUAAUGCGAGGACAGAAAUUCAACUACAGAAGUACUUUUUUUUUUUUUUUUGUUAGGGUUAGACGUGUUUGUUUUCCUCAUUGGUAAGUUUGUUUGACCGUGUGUGUCCUGUAUGUUGAUGUCAGUUUUUUAUACUAUUCAGUUUAAGUUUCAUUGUAAAGGAAUAAAUUGCAAUAAAAUAUUAAA